AUGGACUCUGAGCCUCUACUGCCAAAUCCCAAUGAUAGCAGAAAGCCAGCCAAUUGGAGGAGAAUUAUAAAGUAUAUCUCAUUAACAUUAGCUUGGAUUGGUAUCUUUUCUUACGUUUACAUCUACCAUGGCACGGCGUCAAAAUUAACCCCCACAAAAAAGAAUGUAAUCUUUAUGGUCACUGAUGGAAUGGGUCCAGCAUCUGUUACUGUAGCCCGUGACUUUAAACAGUUCAAGUAUGAUCUUUCAUGGGACGAACAACUAUUCAUUGACACGUAUCUCGUGGGCUCUUCCAGAACGCGCUCCUUUGAUUCCUGGGUUACAGACAGUGCCGCCGGCGCAACAGCCUUUAGCUGCAGAAGUAAGACUGGAAAUAACAUGGUAGCCGUGGACUACGAUUCGAAGCCUCUGGGAACAGUGCUGGAAGCCGCUAAACUACAAGGGUUCAAGACUGGUAUUAGCGUUACUACUUACGUUUCGGACGCUACACCAGCUGCAUUUGCCUCGCAUUCGGUUACUCGUUGGAAUGCUGACUUGAUUACAAAGCACCUAUUGGGAGACUAUCCCUUGGGGAGGUCAUUGGAUCUUAUGGUUGGUGGUGGCCGUUGUUUCUUUUAUGGUAGGAAAGAUGGGGGCUGCAGAUACGAUGGUGAGAACCUAUUGAAAACUGCUAAACACAGCGGUUGGAACCUACUCGAGAACAAAACCGCAUUUGAUGCCCUGGGAGAGAACAAUGCACCCGUAGAUCUACCACUGAUGGUAUUGUUGGCCGAAGGAAACUUUCCGUUUGAGAUCGACCGUAAUGCAUCUGAACAUCCGUCAAUCGGAGAACAAACACAUAAAGUCCUGGAUAUUCUCGACAAAGCCACUAAAAAGGAUGAUCAAGGUUUUUUUGUUUUGAUUGAAGGAUCUAGAAUUGACCACGCGGGUCAUUACAAUGAUGCCGCUGCGCAAGUGCAAGAAGUAUUAGCAUUCGAUGAAGCAUUCCAAGCAGCCGUAGAAUUUGCUGACGAUUCAUCGGUGGAGACAUUGAUUAUCUCCGUGUCGGAUCAUGAGACAGGGGGUCUAUCCGCAGCCAAACAAGUCACCCCGAAUUAUCCUGAUUAUGCGUGGUUUCCGGAAGUACUGCUAAAUGUGACACAUUCUAGUGAGUACCUUGCCGCAAAAUUGAGCAAUUACAAAGAAACUGAUCUUCUCUCAUUUAUCGAAGAGGACAUCCUCCAAGAUGGAAUGGGAAUCUAUGACGCCACUCCUGAAGAGAUCCAAGCUAUUAAAAAGGCUCGCCAUAAAUCUCUGGAUGUUCUGUCAAAAAUAAUUUCGAAAAGGGCACAAGUGGGGUUUUCGACCCAUGGCCAUUCAGCCGUAGACGUGAACAUCUAUGCACAUGGAAACACCCCCGCCUUACAAAAAAGAAUCGACAAAUACCUGCGCGGAAACCAUGAUAAUACUGAUAUUGGAAAAUUUAUGGAAAGCUGGUUGCGUGUAGACCUCGAUGAGGUGACAGCACAACUAGAGGGUCUAUCUGUUGGGGAGGGCAGUCAUUAUAGCUCGUUCGGGGUAGAGCAGCACCCUCUUUAG